AUGCGCGUGUUCUCAAAAACGCGGACGACGGCGUGUGUGCGUGCCACAGUCGAACUCAGAACAGCGUUUACUGGACAAUCAAGGAUGCCCAAGUAACUUUCGAAGAUAAUUAUUGUAUCCUAUACAAAAUUCCUAUUUUUAUCUAAGACCUUUACACAACAAAGCUCUUGUUUCAACGAGAAAAUUGGGGGUGCGGAAUAAUUAGAAUAAUGUAUCACCUUGCCACCAGGUACUACUGCGACUACUGCGACACUUAUCUGACACACGACUCGCCCUCUGUACGGAAGACACACAACACGGGUCGCAAGCACAAAGAUGCGGUGAAGGCCUACUACAUGAGUUGGCUGGAGCAGGAAGCACAGAACAUGCUGAGUCGCAAUCCAUUCCUGCCAAGAGCAGGUGCUGGUAUUCUCCCUCCGCCAGGAAUGAUCCCUCCACCCGGAAUGCUGCCUCCUCCCAUGCACCCUGGGAUGCUGCCACCAGGAGGAAUGAUGCCACCUCGGGGGAUUCCUCCGCCCGGAGCUCACAUCCCACAAAUGCCAAUGAGACCUGGCAUGCCCCCUCCACCUCGCAUGGGCCCCCCACAUGGACCUCCCCCAGGACAAUUCCCGCCAAGACCUGAUGGCCCUCCUCCCCCACAGAGACCCCCUGUCGGCGGCCCCCCACCGCAUUCCACCGCCGCCGGACCUUGACUGUGUAUAUUUUUGUCGCUUCUCUCUCUCGCCCGUACGAAAUUACGUCUGUUACCAUGGCGAUGACGAAUGCCGUUUUGGUGCGCAUGAAAUAGAAUCGCUGCCCGGCAGAUACAUGCUUCGUGUGUGAGAGAAGAGAGACGCUAUGAGCACACCAAAGGACUCUCUCUUGUCCCACGGUGUUUGCGAAGAUGUCUCCCACGCGAGCGUCUCGGGAGGCGCUCUCCCUUUCGUCCGCAUCCCCACCAAUGUGCCGGCUCCGGACGAGUGGACGCUCGUGCGAGAGGUGAACAUGGAGAAGAGAGAGCCGUGUGAGAUAUGGAGGUCUGGAGUCAUUCACCAGCUCCAGCACAUGAAAAAAGAACUGCUGAAGUACAGCAAAAUCUUACAAGAUCUCGAGGAAGACAUCCUGUCACAAGAAACAGAACAAUGACCAAAAACACGUGGUUUUCAUUUGUCUCAGAUUUCAUUUGUGUUGUCUCACGGUUCAUUUCCAUGCAAGUUUUUUUAACGCAGUGUAAUACAAUGUAUAAGUGGCAAACUCUUCAAAAACAAAAAA